AUGCUCGCCAAACAGCUUCAAAUUGUCUUGUUGUGCUACUUUGCCGGCCUUUUACAAGCAGCACCAGCACCAGCGAUUGUCACUGUUAUUCAGACCGUCACUUCAGGGGAUGCCUCAUCGUUGCAAACUAGCGCAGCUGCUGCAAACAACCUCAAUCAAGUCGCUACACCAGCCUCAAGUGCUCCAGCAGCAGCAUCAGCAGCAUCAACCACGGCGGCUGCAGCAGUUGCUCCCGCGGCCGCUUCCACCACUUCAUCUGGUUUCUGGAACGACUUGUUGAACGAGCUCAGGUCUUCAUCCACAUCAUCAACCACGACUCAAGGAUCGUCUGAAUCGUCAAGUGGGUCUUCAUUUUCAAGCUUUUUGAAUAGUUUGUUUGGAAAUUCCGGCUCAAGCUCAUCGACCAGUUCUGCAUCAACUGGAAGCACCACUUCAAGCAGUUCAAAUGCGUCAAGCUUUUGGGACAGAUUAUCUGACUUGUUUUCGGGCUCAUCUUCUGGUGCAUCUUCUUCUUCUUCUCCAACAACACCAACAGCAGCAACGUCUGCCGAUACUAUAACCCCAUCUACUAGCUCUGCUGAUCUUGGAUUUGGUACCUACUCAUCUCAGUCACAACCAUCCACUUACUCCUCAUCUGCACAAUCCUCAUCAUCUUCACCAACUUCACCAUCCUCAUCUUCUCCAUCCUCAGCAUCUUCUUCAUCUUCAGAUAUUUACGCCGCCAUUGCUGACUCAAAUGAUGUUGACGCCUCCUUUGCCACUGCGAUUUUAGACGCUCAUAACCAAUACAGAGCCCUCCAUCAAGCUGGUGACUUGGCUUGGGACGUUGACACCUACAACUAUGCCAAGAACAAUGCCGACAACUACGAUUGCUCAGGUGUAUUGACCCACACUCAUGGCCAAUACGGUGAAAACUUGGCUGCUGGUUUCCCUGAUGGACCAAGCGCUGUCAAGGCUUGGUAUGACGAGGGUUCAACUUAUAGUUACUCCGCCGCUAACGAGUAUAACCAUUUUACUCAAGUUGUUUGGAAGGGAUCUAAUAAAGUUGGAUGUGCUUACAAGGAUUGUACAAGCACUGGAUGGGGCUUGUACAUUGUAUGUGAGUAUGAUCCAGCUGGUAAUAUUAUUGGAUGGGAAAAAGCCAACGUCUUACCGUCUAAUUAA